AUGAAGGAAGCAGAGAGUCAAGAGAUUGAGCCCAAGGAUGAUAAUGCCUCCUCAUCCCCAGGGAUUGAAGCUCUGCAAAGAAUCAUUUCAACGCUGGCAAAUAAGAACGAUGAGAUUCAGAAUUUUAUUGAUACACUAAAUCACACACUGAAAGGACUUCAGGAAAAUUCUUCCAACAUACUUUCAGAAUUAGAAGAAGAAUUUGAUAGUUUGUACUCUAUGUUAGAUGACGUAAAAGAAAGUAUGGUCAGCAGCAUCAAGCAGGAGCAAGUCCGUAAAUCCCAGGAGUUACAGAGUCAGCUUAGCCAAUGUAACAAUGCCCUGGAAAACUCAGAAGAACUCCUAGAAUUUGCAACCAGAUCAUUAGAUAUAAAGGAACCCGAAGAAUUCUCAAAGGUAAACAAAACAAAAAGAAAAUAAACAAAAACACUAUCCUAGUAUACUGAAGGAGUAUUUAAAGAAGAGCUUUGUCAUUUCUGAUACUGUAAAGGUCUUGGGGUUUUUGCUAAAUAAAAUAUAAGGUGUUCACUUAUUUCAAAGCAUGUUUGUUUGUUUUACAGUAUGUAUCUUUGGGAUGAGAAAUUGAUUAUUUUAGUUCUCUUUUUUCAAUUUAAAUGUUUUCUUUUCUCAGUCAUAUCACUAUUGGCAUUUGUUUUAAAGGUUCUUCAGUACUUGAGCCAAGUCGUAAUACUCUGUAGGCCUACUUCAAAUGCUUAGUUACUGACAAAAUGGAAUGGGAUAACUUUGAAGUACAAUUAGUAGACCAGUUGUGAAUUGUUAUAAAGCUGGGAAACCAAUUCUUUCCAUCACUCUGUUUUUAAAUAUCCCAUACUAAAGUCUUUAGGUUGGGCUAAUGUAAUUGGAAACAACAACAAAAUAGCCUUGACUAAAACCCACAAAUGAUUCUUCUCAUACUUCUUUAUCUUCAAGUUCUGCUAUUUAAAUUGUCGGGUUCCUGUUCCUAGAAUGAGAUCUGGAUCUGAAGGGCCUCUCUUUAUCAGCAUUAUACGAUCUGAAAGUGAACAAGAAACAAUGGCACAAAUAUGAUAGGAUUUUAGAACAUGCUUCACACUAUUUUUUGAAUAUUAGAAGUUUGGUUGAUAGUAAAUAUAUGCAAAAAGUUCAGAUGAGAUCUGGAUCAUUAAGUAAAUAGCCAGGAUUCCACAGACUCUGGUUUCUCCUGUCACUAGUACUUGGCUUGCAAAACAGUGCUUGGAUCCUUUGUCAAAAAAAUUAACAUUCCUAUUAUUACCUUGAAUUCAAACCUUGAACUCUUCCAAUGAAAAGAACGGACCAGAACAAUUUCCAAGUCAGCAUAUAAUUAUCUAUCUCCUUCCAACCACUCAUCAGAUUAAAAGGGAAAGAAUGGUUUCCUACCCAUGAGUAUCUACUGUGGAAUGACAGCUGCAAGCUACUGUGAAAGGGGAACAGUGUUUUCUGCAUUUGAUCACAGAUGAAAAGAAAAAAUGGGGCUUAUUUCCUUUUUCUCACUUGCAAUAGCUCACCCCUGGAAUACCUGCUCAGGGCAUGUCAAUCUCUUGAGCACUGAGAAGAGCACACAGGAUGGAGCUCAGUUGUACUCUGCAGGGAGGGUUGAGAGGGUCCUUUAGACUGGUCAGCAAUGCCGAGGUCAGAGAAGGACCUUUAACUAAAGUGUACGUUAGCUUUGAAAUAUUUACUAAACACAUCAUAAAAUAGAACUUUAUCUUGUAUUUCUGAGUGUUGGUGUCUUACAGAAAUGUAGACUACUGUACAAAUGUGCUGGUUAUAAAGAAGGUGUGAGUAGUACUGUACAAAAAUUAGUUUCAGGCUAUUUACUUUUAAGUGAGCAUGUAUGCGUUUGUUCAUUUGUUUUCAGUGUAGUAGUGUUUUGCUUGAAUGUAUGUAUGUGUACCAUGUAUAUGUGUUGUACCCUCAGAGGCUAGAAGACAUCAGAUUG